CGUGUGUAAGCGGAUGAGGUCGCGAUGAGGAGGAACAUGAAGAGGAAAGGAGGGCUCCAAGAAGCAGCGUGACAGCCAGAACUGUACGAACCUCCGUCGCGGUCGCAUCGUCGUCGCGUAUCCUAUCGCACUCGCACGCGCGCACGAAAGUAUCAAUUCAUCCCUUAGGUGAAACUCGACACGAUCGAAAAAUUAACAGUAUCGAAAUUUCGAGAUAAACAGAGAAGAGAAGAAGACAUCAUCUUAAACCAUGGUGUACGAAAGCGACUUCUACACUACCCGACGGCCUUAUUCCCGGCCGCUCGUCACUUCCUACAGCGUAACGAGACCUAUCAUCUUACCGCUCUCUAGCAUUAUCCAGUUGAGGGGCAUUCCUCAUAUGCCGUACGUAGCGCACAAGAGGCUCGUCACCAUAAUCCAUACGCCAGUCCGUCAUGUAUACUAUGCUGGUGCGAUGAUACCAAUAAGAGUGCGGGCGCGCGUGCGGCCCAGCAUUCUCGCAGCGGAACUCAACAGGAUACGCGACUUGCCAAGACCGACCACUCGAUCCUACCUUGAGGACUAUCUAAAUUCCCGAUAUAACAUACUCUUCGACGAUGAGACAAGGGAGAUACGAGCAAGGGUGGAUUCUCUUCUACGACGCGUCCACGUAUUCGUGCCGAGAGCAGUGGCAAGUGACUUUCUUGAGGAAAUCGUGCCGGAACGCAUGCGUAGUCACGACUAUGUUCGCCGGUUACUUAGCGGCCGCAACAAUGCGAAGAGAGACGUUGACUACUUGAGCUGGUACGAAAUACCCGAGCGGGGCUCGUUUGGCACGUUGGCGUGUGUUAAAUAUGUCGCUGGUAAACCGCAAUCUGUGAGGAAGCCGUACUUCAAAAUCACGGAUCUUCGGCCGUUCGACAUCCGCAACGAUGUCAAUUUCCUCAGUUAUUACAGCAAGAACCGUCAAGCGGCCGCAAAUGCCUCCUCCAAUCAACCAAUGACAGAACGAGAGGUACGAAAGGCACGUGCAUUACACGUUGAACCCCAAGAACCCCAAGAAGAAAAAAUAAUUCCCGCUUCAGAAUCAGAAACAAAACCAGAGGAAAAGUCGGAGAAGACACAAUUGGAAAAAGAACCAGAACCGAUACAGGAAUCUAAACCAACACCAGAACUUAUGAACGAAUCAACUGUGGAACCAAUUCCAGAACCAGAACCUGUAAAACCCUCGAAACCGUCAAAAGGCACAAAAUCCGGAAAAUUGGCGAAAUCCAAGAAAGAAGUCGAAGCUAAACCAGAACCCACAUUAGAACUUGAAAAAGAAUCAGAAUCUGUAACCAUACCCGAAUCCAUACAAGAACCGGAACCUAUCGCAGAAAUUGAACUGACAAAAGAAAGUACAGUACAGGAAUUAGAGACUUCAAAAGAGCCAGUUGUAGAGGACGUAGUACCAAAUGAAAGCACAGAAGCAGAGGCUGUAAGUGACAAAGUAGAAGAUGAAAAACAACAAAAAGUGAGGCAAGAAAAGGAGGAUGCCAUGAGAAGAGCUGAAGAGUACCUUGCUAAAGCAGCACGGGAAGCACAGUCGGAAGAAGAAAGACGGAGAGCCGCAGAAAUGGAACGUCUCCAGCUUGAAGCAGAGGAACAUAAAGCAUGGGAGGCAUUGCAACUAGCACAAGAACGGAAAGCUGAACUCGGUGAGAUACUGGAGACUGAACGGAAGGAAGCCGAAAGAAAAGAGGAGGAAAUGAAGCAGCAAGCAGAACGCGAAGAAAUGGAAAAAAUAGAAGAAAGUGAACGGUUAAUCAAGGAGACAAGACUUAAUGCGCUAAUACAGGAGCAAGAACGCUUAAUAGUCGAGGAACAUCUCGAAGAAAUACAGCAACAAAAGCAGGAACAAGAGGCAGCAGAUGUUACACAACUAUCAGCCGAGGAACCUAGAGAUAUUAGCUGUGCCGAAGAUCCAAUGAAUCAAAGUGAUAUGACUGAUCAAGAAAAAGAGGAAAAACCAUGUGAUGUUGCCACAGAUGAUGAAACGCGGGUCGAGGAGGAAAAUGUUCCCGAAGAGGAACACAUCGAAAUAACUGAAGAUGCAUUCGUCGAGGAACCAGCAGGAGCCGAGAAUAAACUGCAAAUGGGACCGUUGGCGACUGAAGUUGAAUCGCAGAUCGAGGAGGUUACUUCCGGCGAAGAGUUUGAAUGGGGUGAUCAGGAUGUGUAAUCAAGAUUCGGCUAAAUUUGCGAUAUCAAUGAACUAUACUUCUUCAUCAUUAACGGAUUUAAUAUAUCUUCGUUCACCACAUAAAGCGACUUGUUCUAGAAAACUUAACUUUUUUUUAAAUUAACCUUUACAAACCGAAAAAGUAUCGUUUAGUAUUAUUGAGGCAAAUAAUAAUUGAUAGCAAUAUUAAUACAAAAGUUUGUCUCGGUUUAGCCAUUUCGUAGCAAUGUGUCGCAAAUUCGAAUUGUUAUCAACUUUAAACGCAUAAAUUGUAUGCUGUAACAAUAAGUUAUAUUAUGCUGUUUCAAAGAUGACAUUUUAUAAAAUUUUGAGACUUUUGAAAAAUAUUUUUUAAGUUAAAAAUGUUAAAAAACGAGGAAUAUUUCCGAUAUAUCAUAUAUUUUUUUAUUUCCGGAAAGUCAAGAACAUCGCAGACUUGAAGUAAAUAUAUGAUGUCUAUAGAAAAGAUAUUAUUGAUGAUCCUACAUGUUGUAAGUAGUUCAAACGCUUGCGUGAAGACAAUUUUGAUCUCGGCUAUGUGUCGUUGCCUUCUGCACUAUUGCGUUGUAUUCUUUUACGAUAAAUCAUACAUAUUUUUGGCAAAAAUUUAUACAACUUAAUAGGAAUGUGUUUUAAUCCAUUUAUUCUUGAUCCAUUCAUCAAAUUUUAUAGUCUUUGAUUAGCAUUUAUUUAAAUCUCUGCAGAACAAUUUAAAUAUUAUGUAAACUGCCAGGAUGCUUGUGCCACUGGAUGAGCGAGAUAUAAUGUGAUGCUCGGGAGAGAUGUAUCCGUACAAAACUUACUUUUUCUUUAAAAAGAUGUAAAAAAGACGUCAAAUACAUGCAAUGCUUGGUGUGACAGAAAAAGUCAAAGAUCGUUUCGUGGAUAUCAAAACAUCAUGGUGAAAAUGGAAAAGAUAUAUGUCAACAUUUAUAUGUCAUAUAAAUUUUGACACUUGGACUUUAUAUUAAAAUAUCUCCAUUAAUAGAGCACGAAGAGUAAACGUAAAAACAAUUCGGCUAUAUAAAAUGACUUAGCUAACGAUUAAGCUUUUACGAACUUGAACUUCGUUCAGCCGUUAUUGAGAUCUAAUAAAUAAUCGAUGAUGCGCACAACUACUUGCUUCGCGUAUAAUAUCCACGCAGCGGUCUCGCCCGUGCAUCAUUUCGCGCGUACACCAUAUUUAUUCUCUUCUCUUACUUCAAGUUUUACACAUUGCUUAUAUACAUGAGAUAAUGACGUCUCCCCGCUUUUUAGAAGCGGAUCAAUAAAGUGAAUGACUGAUUCUAAUGAUGUUAUUCGCCGCUUAAUCGAUAGUGGGGCGGAUCAUUUAUAACAGAUAUGUUUCGAACGAAUCGUGACAUAAAACUCAAACGCGCGAUUUGCAGCACGAGAAACCGCUCGCUUACAGUUCUGAACGUCACUGUUUUAAAGGCUUGCAAAAAGCAUGGAUUAAUAUUUUGUUCAGAAAUUAUAGAAGUUUUAUGAAUAUAGGAUCAUGCAGAGAUCCGAAAGAUGGCAAAUUAUCAAAUAAAACAGUAUGUAAUUAAUUGACUAAUUAUAUUUUAAGAUAAUAAAAUACAAUAUUAUAUAUAAGUUAUAAUGAAAAAGCGGCACAAACUUUUGCAUUAAUAGUUUGACUAAAAUAUGUCUGUAAUAUCAAAAUAAUUCAAAAUAUGAAAAUAUUCUUAUAUGUAUGGCAAAGAACACAUACACAAUUAAAAGAAUUAUAUCAUCACAUUAAAAAAUGUAUUAUAUAUUAUAUAGUAUAUUUGUGUAAAUCAUUAAUUGUUGCAAUAUAUAGGGUAAGUCGAGGGAAGAGAUGCUAUAGUUAACUUUGAAGUAUAAUAUUUAAAAAAAUAUAUAAUUUAAAGGGAGAAAAAAUAAACCAAAAUCAAGUUUAAUGUUUAAUUUUCUUUAAUUCACUAUUUCAAGAUUUGGCAAAAGAAAUAAUGAAACUUAAAUAUAAUUGUUCUAAGAAAAAUCACAAAAGUAGCAUUUUACCCAAACCGUUGGGAAAUUUUCUUACAUCUAGUGCAAUAUAGUAGCUCCACCUAUAGUUCAUUUAAAAAAAUACGAGACUGUGGCAUCUUCCCCCGACUUACCUUUUAUAUAUAUAUAUAUAUAUAUAUAUAUAUAUAUGUAUAUGUACAUAUAAUCUUUACACCUAAAAUUAUAAUUUUAUUAUACACAUAAAAAGUUUUGUUAAAUAUCUUCACAUGUUAAUCAAACCUUAUUCAUUUCUCCGUUAAAUGCGUGUUUUAUAUUACAUUGAUCGUACUGACAAGGGAACGAUCGUAAUUGUCCCUCACCAAUGAUGAGCUUUGGAUAUAUUUGUAGAGCUUCGAAAGAUAUUAGACCUAUAUUUUUUUAGUAACGUAUCUCGACAUUUAGGAGUUGAAACUAUCCCUCGAAAAUAAUGGAUUUUUUCAGUUUUAGCGAAUAUCUUCGAAAAUAUAAGGUAUAUGAAAAAAUGUA